AUGGAAGUUCCAAUAAUAUAUCCGGGAAAGCUCACUCUUAGGGUUGUUGUGACUUGUGUCAUGGCAGCCACUGGUGGCUUAAUUUUUGGUUAUGAUCAUGGGGUUUCAGGUGGAGUGACCUCCAUGGAUUCCUUCCUGAAGCAAUUCUUUCCAUCGGUUUAUAAACAGGAGUCUAGCAUGAAACCUUCUUCAAACCAGUACUGCAAAUUCAACAGUCAGAUAUUGACAUUGUUCACAUCAUCUCUGUAUCUAACUGCUCUUGUUGCCGGUCUAGGGGCAUCCAGCAUAACCCGAUUGAUGGGAAGGCGCGCAACUAUGAUUAUUGGUGGAAUGUUCUUUGUAGCAGGUGCAUUGCUCAAUGGAUUAGCUGAAAGCAUGUGGAUGCUUAUUGUUGGAAGAAUGCUGCUUGGUUUUGGCAUUGGAUGCGCUAAUCAGUCAGUGCCAAUCUAUGUCUCAGAGAUGGCACCUUAUAAAUACAGAGGAGCUCUCAACAUGUGCUUCCAAUUGUCAAUCACUAUAGGCAUCUUUGUGGCCAAUCUCUUCAACUACUACUUUGCAAAAGUACUUAAUGGUCAGGGAUGGCGUUUAAGCUUGGGUCUUGGUGCACUCCCAGCUGUUAUUUUCGUCAUAGGCUCAAUUUGUCUCCCUGACUCACCUAGUUCCCUUGUUGAACGCGGCCGUCUUGAAGAUGCAAGGAAAGAGCUUGAGAAAAUUCGAGGCACAAAUGAAGUUGAUGCUGAGUUUAGUGAUAUAAUUGCUGCUAGCGAGGCCUCCAAAAAAGUGAAACAUCCUUGGAAAACAUUGAGGGAAAGAAAGUAUAGGCCUCAGCUUAUUUUUGCCAUAUGCAUACCCUUCUUCCAGCAAUUCACUGGUCUGAAUGUGAUCACAUUCUAUGCUCCUAUACUGUUCAGAACAAUUGGUUUUGGAAGCACGGCUUCUCUCAUGUCUGCUGUUAUCAUUGGCAGCUUUAAACCAGUUUCAACCUUGGUUUCAAUUCUUCUUGUGGAUAAAUUUGGAAGGCGAAGUCUUUUCCUUGAGGGUGGUGCUCAAAUGUUGAUUUGUCAGAUUAUCAUGACAAUUGCUAUUGCUGCUGCAUUUGGCACUAGUGGGAACCCUGAUAAAUUGCCAAAGUGGUACGCAGUUGUAGUUGUGGGUGUCAUAUGUGUAUAUGUUUCAGGUUAUGCUUGGUCUUGGGGUCCCCUAGGGUGGUUGGUACCUAGUGAAAUUUUCCCCCUUGAGGUUCGAUCUGCAGCUCAGAGUAUCACAGUUUGUGUCAACAUGAUCAGCACAUUCUUCAUAGCCCAAUUCUUCACGUUAAUGCUUUGUCACUUGAAGUUUGGUUUGUUCAUCUUCUUUGGGUUUUUUGUGGUGAUCAUGACUACAUUCAUCUACAAACUUUUUCCGGAAACAAAGGGCGUCCCAAUUGAGGAAAUGGCUGUAGUGUGGCAGAAACACCCUGUCUGGAGAAAAUUUUUGGAGUCAGACAAAAGCAUUCAAAAGGGCAAGGAAGAUUCUACUAGAUGUUGA